UCUUCUUGUGGACAGUAGCAGCAGUGGUGGAGCAGGGAGGGAACAACCACUUUGAUCGCUCCGCCCCUGCUGCAGCGUCUGAUGACAUCAUGAAAUGAAUGAAUGAUCACUGUGGGUUAAUGUUGUUGUUGUGGGCUCUCUGGUCUCCCCGCCCACCUGUCUGGGCUAUAACUGCCCUCAGCAGCCGGCAGUCAGACAGCAGCCUCCUCACCCUCACAUGGAUCUCAUGUAAGAUUUCCACUAAAGAAAUGGAAGCCAAUGUUGUUGUUAUGGGGACAGAAAGUGUCGGAAAAUCAGCUUUGACUGUGCGCCUUUUAACUCGGAGAUUCAUCGGAGAGUAUGGAGACAUUGAAUCCAUCUACAGUCACAGUUUUACAAUAGAAGGGAGGGAGCUGACCCUUAACCUUUGGGACUCACCCUACUUUCAGCAUCUGUCUGUGGAGACGUCACCCUUCCAUAAGAAGGUCCGGUGGGCAGAUGGCUUCAUUCUGGUCUACAGCAUCUGCGACAGGGCCAGCUUCAACGCCGUUAGCAAACUCAUCCAGAGCAUCAAGUCCACCAAAGACUUCCUCCGUGAAGAUAAAGUGCCCAUAGUGAUCGUGGGUAACAAGCGGGACCUGCACCACAGACGGACUGUGCUCAGUGAAGAGGGCCGGCUGCUGGCUCUGAACAUGGACUGCCUCUUUUACGAGGUCUCAGCAGCUGAGAACUACGACAGCGUGCUCACCAUGUUUCACGGACUCAUGGAGAGGAUCAAGGAGGCCAAGCUGACCAUUAAAAGGCCUCAGAGGUUCAAGGGCAUAGUGAAAAGCAUGUCUGCAGUGUUUACCAGGAGACGGACAGAUUCCUUCUGAGAGGCUGCACGUUUUCCAGAUGGAUAAAUGGUUUGUCGUUCUUGGAAAUAUUUUUAAAGACUCUGGAUGAGAAAAGCCAUUAAAACACAAACAGAAAAAAUGCCACUAAAGUUCCCAACAACUCAAGAGACACAAAUAUAAAAAGAGUGAAAUAUUCUCAGUUCUUCUUAACAUGCUUCUAUGGCCUCUUAGGACUCUUUAUAGAGGACACUGGCUUCUUGCACUACAAUAUUUUAUGAUGUUUGUUUUGUUUAGGAAGUAUUGAGUUGAAUUUUCUAAGUCUUUAAAUAGUUAUUUAUGGAGAAAAGUUGUUAAUUUAACCAAAAAUGUUUUAUUAGGACUAAAAAGACCAUCGGUAAUUUAAGCCAGAUCAGAUCAUUUCUGAGUGACAAACACAAAUAAAGAAAAGAUAAGAGACCAGGGACGAUCACGAGAUGUAAAGAUUUGAUCACAUUCUUUAGUCAUUUAAACAAUGAACUGACACUCAGUGUUUUAACCACUUCAGCUCUUUGAUAACUUAAUUAAAAUUUUACUUAAAACAAAACAAUCCUUUGCAACAACUCACAUCACCUACUGCCUUUCACGCCAGGUUUCUAAACAAAAAUGUUUUCAUGUAGCAAAAUGAACGGAGUUGAAUCCUGAAUGUAAUGUUUUACAUUAAACCCCUCAACUUGUUGGGACCUGGAGGAAAACUGUCUUUUUGGUGAUUGAUAAUGUUGAUUUGUUAUGACAGUUAUUUUGAUUUAGAUCAGUUGUAGAUUUACAUCCAAUGAAGAAUAAAUUACAGUUUUAUUCAUUCUGGGUUCUGGUUGGAUGUCUGGUAAAGUUAGCAGCUUCAUGUCCUGCAGGACCAAGUUUAUAAGUCAGGUGACAUGGUUAAUAAAUAAAGGAUUUGCUUUUAAAGAUUGAUAUG